AUGGCCGCGUGGAUCGGCGUCUUCGAUACCAGCGGCGACACGACGCACACCUGCCUGGCGCAGAAGGUCAACGGCAAAUACGCCGACCCGACGAUGAAGCUCGUGAUGAUCGCGACCCACACGCCGAUGGCGGCGACGAUGGAAUCGCUCGAGGGCGAUGCUGCGGUCCUGAUCGAAGGCAAUAGGAAUUGCACAGACGUCUCCCCGGACGCGGCGCUGACCCUGACGCCGACGACAUCGGGAGUGUGCUACCAUCUCAUGUUCGAUUCAGCCAGCGAGGACUCGACGUUCACGCUGAACACCGCGGGCGUCGCCGGCAUCGUGUUUGCCGCUGAGCACUUGCCGAGCCUCGUUGUCGGGGCCUGCGCGGAGGCGUCGGACGACCUGCACCACAGCUGCGCGGACCGGUCCUGCUUCGCUACGACGCUCCGGCGGGCGUGGGGCGUGCACUUUGCGCGCGAGUUCGCGCGGCACCGCCUCCGACGCGUGGUGUUCGUGGGGGCCCCGCGGCGACAGCCGGGCAGGCCUCUCGCGACGGCCGAUGGCAACUGGCCGGCGCUGUCGGCGGGCGAGUUUGCGGCGCACGCGCUGCGCACGACUUUUCAUCUCAACGAGGGGCACGUCACCGACAUGUGUGAGAUCGGCGGGGACCUGCAGUCCCAGCGUGAUGUCCACUACGAAGUCAAGGUUCUUGGGUGCAAAGAGCGCGGCCACAAGUCACAGGGCCCGCUCGUCCAUGCGACCGGCAAAGGCUGGGUCAAAGAUCACAAGGGACAGUACUACGACGCGCUCCAUAGAAUCAUCUUCAACUUCGCCAAAGAGGUCGGCAGCCCGAGCGCUGUCGACCGCACCGACUACGGCACAGCCUCCGGCAGCGCCCGGGGCUUCGCCCAGCACCACUCGCAACAGCUCUCGCGCGCCGCCGUCUGGCUCCAGGCCCCAAAUGACGUGUGA